AAUCUCUGCACGGGGGGGAGGGAGACAGCGGGAGAGAGAGACAGAUAUUACAAACAUCAGAGCAGGUAGUUUUUAGGGCAAGACUCCUUCCAGCUUCAACAACUGGGUACCUGGGCUGCGCGUCCGCCCUGGGACAGCCUCCUUCUCCCAGCCCUCACUGAAACAACUAGUGGAAAGGACUUUGUUCCUCCCUCUCUCUGGUGUCUUUCUGCAGCUUUUUCCAUAAGAACGAAUGAUCUACCACAAAUUCAGCCCAGUUUCUGGGAUUGGUUCUGUGAUGCCUGUAGCUGUGGCCAGUGGAAUAAGCCCAUAUGCUCCGUGAAAGCAGUCAAAGGUAACAAGUGACAGGACAAGAGGAAAUGGCCUCAAGUUGUUCCAGGGAAAAAAACUCUUCACAGAAAAGGUGGUCAAGAACUGAAACAGGCUUCCCAUAGAAGUAAUGGAGUCACCAUCCUUGGAGGAAUUUGGGCCACAGAGAAGAAAAUUGAACAUGAUGAAGAAUGAAGAAAGUUUUAAUGUGGACAAUACCCGAGCAUCUCCCUUCUCCCUCUGCCUGCAGCCACUCAGCCCCGUUACAAAGCCACACAGAACAACGCAAUUUGAUGAAGAAUUCAGAACACACCUGUCGCAUUUCCGCUAUGGUCCUCCUCCUCUUGAAAACAUGGAAACAUUCCAGGGGUCCUUGGAAGGAGGGUCUCGCAAACGCAAGAGUGUGCCAACAAAAAUGCCUCCUCCCAUCACCCUUGAGGAUUCCUCAUCAUCACCAGAUCGACCUGAGGAUCACAGCGACAGAGGCUCUUCCAGUGUCCCCUUGGUGUUCCAACAGCCAGCUCAGCCCAAGUGCAGUUCCCAGAUGAUUGACCUCUGCAACUUUGGUUUUCAAUUCUACAGAACUCUGGAGCAUUUUGGAGCCAAGCCCAUUAAGCAAGAACCAGCGAAGCCUAGCAUGGCAUGGCCCAGUAGCCCAGCAUUCAUGCAGGCUCCUUACCCUUAUUAUCCUAAAGUCCACCCUGGCUUAAUGUUUCCUUUCAUUGUACCACCAAACUUUCAUUUCAGGAACCCUUUUCAAAUGAAAAGACCUCCAGAACCACCCUUCAGGAGGGCUGAAGUAAGAGAAAGUGGUGAAAACAAACAGAAAGUGGAAAGAGUAGAUGUCAACCUUCAGAUAGAUGACAGCUACUAUGUUGAUGUGGGAGGUGAACAGAAACGCUGGCAAUGUCCCAUGUGUGAGAAGUCCUAUACAUCCAAGUACAAUUUGGUCACCCAUAUCUUGGGUCACAGUGGCAUUAAGCCUCAUGCUUGCACCCGAUGUGGCAAGCUUUUCAAGCAGCUGAGCCACUUGCACACACAUAUGUUGACACACCAGGGCACUCGGCCGCACAAGUGCCAGGUGUGCCACAAGGCUUUUACUCAAACCAGUCACCUUAAGAGACACAUGAUGCAACACAGUGAUAUCAAACCUUACAACUGCAGGAUCUGUGGCAGGGGAUUUGCCUACCCCAGUGAGCUGAAAGCACAUGAGUCUAAGCAUGAGAGUGGACGAGAGAACAUUUGUGUGGAAUGUGGUCUGGACUUUCCAACUCUGGCCCAGCUGAAGAGACACCUAACUACCCACCGUGGCCCCAUACAGUACAAUUGCACCGAAUGUGAUAAGACCUUCCAGUACCCAAGUCAGCUGCAAAACCACAUGAUGAAGCACAAAGACAUCCGCCCAUACAUCUGCACUGAAUGCGGCAUGGAGUUUGUGCAGCCCCACCACCUGAAGCAGCACUCCCUGACUCACAAGGGUGUGAAAGAGCACAAAUGUGGAAUUUGUGGCCGGGAAUUUACUCUGCUAGCCAACAUGAAGCGACAUGUCCUGAUCCACACCAAUAUCAGAGCCUAUCAAUGCCAUUUGUGCUUCAAGAGCUUUGUGCAAAAGCAGACUCUCAAGGCCCACAUGAUUGUUCACUCUGAUGUCAAACCCUUUAAAUGCAAGCUGUGUGGAAAGGAGUUCAACAGAAUGCACAAUUUAAUGGGACACAUGCACUUGCACUCAGAUAGUAAGCCGUUUAAGUGCCUCUACUGUCCCAGCAAAUUCACCUUGAAGGGGAACCUAACCAGGCACAUGAAAGUCAAACAUGGGGUCAUGGAAAGAGGAUUUCACUCUCAAGGUUUUGGAAGAGGAAGGAUUGCUCUGUCCCAGACAAAUGUCUUGAGAAGCUUGGAACAGGAAGAGCCAUUUGAUCUUUCCCAGAAAAGCCAAGGGAAGGGAAUCUCAUUUCAUUCUGAUGGUGAGAGUGCCAAGGGAAGCUCAUGCCAGGAAGAAGAGGAAGACAACUGCUAUGAGGUGGAGCGAUACAGCCCUGCCAUGUACCAUCAUGAUGACAAUAAGCUAUACAUGGCUCAAGAUCUCUCUGGCAAACCUGAGUGCAUGACGAAGGACUUCAGAGAGUCCUACUGCAAUGAGAAGGAAGAGAUGUUAAGUGAGGGAGGACUGGGGAAGAGAAUAGGAAAUUCAGACAAAGAGGAGAGACAUGGAGAGGGAGAGCUUGCAAACAACAAAGAACAUCUCAGCUUUAGAUCCUUUGAAAAGGCCAGACUUGGUCACUCUCUCUCUGAUUACUUGUAUUUCAAGCACAGGAGCAAGAGUUUGAAAGAAUUGCUGGAAAGAAAAAUGGAAAAACAAACAAUGCUUAUAGGCAUUUAAAAUGGACAUUUAAAAACAGCUGGAAAAUGGUAAUCAGGUAGAUUUUAACGUGAAUUGUAAGCUACUGAAGCCUGGAAGUCUGUAGUAGUAUUUAGAAAUAAAUAAGCCAAAUUAUUAAAAAUAAUUUAGGGUAAAACACAUACAUUAAAAGAAUAAAUCAGCUUGAGGCCACCAAAAAAGGCAAUAGAUAUUGAAAAAUAACACUUUAAUAUUUAUCCAUUUAAUGUAUAACAGACAAUGGGUUGGGUACAGAAGUUUACUUCCUAUUAUAUGGGGAUAGAUUCUUACAUGCAAUUUUCUACUUAGCAGAAAGCAACAUACUUUAGCAUCUGAUUUAUUAUCUGACUAAAUAUAUAUGAAAACUUCUAA